AUGGAAUUGAAUAUUCUAAUCUUGCAGGAAGGGAUUAGGAAAGGUGCAAAAUUAUCCGAAUCUAAAAGAGUAUUCACCAUCAUAAACGACUGCAAAGAGACAAUUUGGCCAGCCAUUAUCCCAGGAGAGAACUUCAGUGGUGGCGGUUUUGUUCUAAAACCAAGCCAAUCUAUAGUCCUAACAGCUCCAAUCAAUUGGUCAGGUCGAUUAUGGGGACGAACAGGCUGCAACUUUGACAGCAAUGGCAACGGAACGUGCCAAACAGGUAACUGUGGCACAUCCCUCAAGUGUGUCGGCUCAGGCGAAACCCCGGCUUCGCUAGCCGAAUUCACCUUUGCAGCAUUCGAUUUUUAUGAUGUUAGCCUUGUGGAUGGGUUCAAUUUGCCAUUAGCUGUUACGCCAAUUAGUGGUAAAGGAAAUUGUACCAUUGCUGGAUGUACUGGAGAUUUGAGGACUAAUUGCCCAUCCGAGCUCGCAGUCAAGGCCAGGGGGAAGGUUGUUGGGUGUCGGAGUGCAUGCGACGUGUUUAACACUGAUCAGUACUGUUGCAGAGGUGCUUAUGGAAAUUCGGCCGAAUGUCAACCUACAAAUUACUCAAAAAAAUUUAAGGAAGCUUGUCCCAAUGCAUAUAGUUAUGCGUAUGAUGAUCGUAGCAGCAUUUAUACAUGCUUGGCGACGGAUUAUGUCAUCACAUUUUGCUCUUCCAGGAAGCAACCCGUUUGCACAUAUCACAACAAGAAGCUCGUCUGCAGUGGAUCAAGGGGCUUAAAAUCAUUGAUCGAAAAGUGGGGCAUUAUGAUAUUCAUAUUGAGUUUAGCGAUUAAUUUCCUGAUGACCUUUUAGCACAGAACUCACAUAAUGGUUUUUGUUUUGUUGUUUUAGUACAUGCUUGUAACUAUGAAUCUAGUUAUUUCUUUUUGGCUUUCGUAGUUCAAAAUUGAUGGACUAGGUUUUU